UUAAAAUGGUACUGUGUAUCUGUUGAUAUCAAUAGUCACAUAAAGACGCCUAGGUCUGGAAGAGUGAUAUCAUCGACCCAGUCAAACAGCUCCACCCACUGGAGAUAUGUAGUCAUUACCAGAAUCUUCCGGAAGCCUCUGGAGCGCCUCCUGCUAAAAUAUAAAGCUGGGAGAGCCCCACUGACUGACAGAAAACUACACAAGAAACACAGGAGUGAAGAAACGCCUGAACAACAAGAAGACUCAAGACUAAACAGAAGAAAGAUGCUGUGCUCUCAUGGAUUCCCGGCUGCUCUCAGUCCAUUCAUGGACUUCUCCUGGCCUGUACGCAGUCUGUGGCCAGAGGUCAGACCUCUGUUCUACCAGCAGCAUGUCAUGCAGAGAGACCUGCAGGAGCUACGCAGCAGCCUGCAGCUGAUGGACAAACUUCAACGGCAGAUCCUUGAGGACACAGAGCCUUUCAGGAGCAGCGUGGCUCUGCAGCCAGUCUCCUACCAGCUGGACAAAGAGGGAGAGCACUUUGGCCUAACCCUGGACACUCAGGGCUUUUCUCCAGAAGAUCUGUCAGUCCGGCAGGUGGGCAGAAAGCUGAGAGUCAGCGGGAAGACAGAGAAGAAACAAGAGGACGGGAAAGGCUCCUACUCUUACAGCCUGCAGGAGUUCAAACAGGAGUUUGAUCUGCCUGAAGGGGUGAACCAUGAAAACGUCAGCUGCCACCUUUCUCCAGAUGGAAAGCUCCACAUCCAGGCAGCCAAAGUUCCUUGUAUUGAGGGGACGGAGAGAGAGCUGACUAUCAAGAGGAGCUCAGAGGAGGAACCACAGCAGAGUGUGUGUUCACAGGCAGAAGACAGCAGAGCAGAGACUCAGAAUAGAUAAAAAAUUACAAUUAAUUUACAUGGUGUAAUAAGU